AUGUCUGCCAAUCUGAUCCUACUGUCAAAAAUAAUGGUUUCUCAUCUCAAUAUAUUUUCCAUGUUAUCAUGAAGUAGAUCAUUUUUAAUAUUUGUUAGUAAAUGUAUUUAAUUGACUUUAAUUUGGCUUGCCAAUUGAUUUUGUGUCUGCUCAAACUUUUGUGAAAGGGUGUGUUUGACUCAACACUCCAUGGAUACCGGUUUCUCCACUUUAUAAAACUGACAGGUUACUGCGUGUUCUGCAUAGUGCUCUUACUGACAAGUGUGAUCAUACAGACAUACUGUAACUAUAAGGAGUUGAACUGAAUUUUGCAGAUAACUCUACUCGAACAUCUGGACCAAAGCAUCUCUGAUAAAUACAUUUAAGGAAAGACUUGGGAUAAUGAUUGGGACUCGUGCACGAGCACAAGUAUAUCAUUGUCUUAUAGGGAAGCAGUUGACUGCACGUGUUGGUCUACACAGGAAACCUUGCUGGUUGCAUAGUGCUGAAGGAGCGGCUCGAUGGAGGACCGGCUCCACUCCAGCUCCUGUACUAACAGCCACUCCAAUCCGUGCCCUGGUGGAUGAGCAAAUCAGUAUCAAGGCAGGUUUUCUGCCACAGCACUCUCCAGUAACAUUGUGUGCACAAAUGCGCAGUGAGGAUGGUGACCUGUGGGAGGCUUUUGGCCAUUAUUACACAAGUGCAGAUGGCACUGUCAACUUGGCUCGGGAUCAUUCCGUGGGUGGUUCAUAUUUGGGAUGUGAGCCAAUGGGCCUCUUCUGGGGCCUUCAGCCUGCUCCUGGGGAAAGAGACGGUUUAAGGUUGCGGAUGAAGAAUGUUGAGAUUCCACUCAUAGUGGACAUUUCCUUGAUGGAGGGCCACGUGUCUCCCAGAGAGAGAAAAAGCACUGAGCUGGCUGUUGUAACCACCGAGCGCUGGUUCAUGGCACCAGGGGUUCAAAGAAUAGAUAUUCGCCAAAAUGAAGUUGUCGGAACGUUAUUCUUACCACCAGGCCCAGGCAGGUUUCCAGCCUUGGUCGAUUUGUGGGGUUUGGGUGGAGGACUAGUGGAGUACCGCUCAUCCAUGAUUGCAUCCAGAGGGUUUGCAAGCUUCUCCAUAGCCUACAUGGAACAUAAGGAUCUCACGGUCCAACUAGAUAUUAGCAGUGCGGAUGCAUACAUGAAGAAAGCCUUUAAUAUACUUCGGGAUCAUCCUCAGGUCUGUGGUGACCGAAUUGGCAUCAUUGGUCUCUCCUACGGAGUCUACCUGGGCCUCCGAAUGGCCACUCUCCUCAAUUUGAAUCCAUCCUGUUUGGUUUGCAUAAACGGCCCACCAGGAAGCAACGUGGAGCUCAUACAAACCUUUUGCAAGCCCAAAACAUCGGAAAGUGACCAGAGAUUUUGGCCACGGGGUGAGACGGGCUAUCUAGAUUUUACAGACAUGUAUUUACCCUCCAACUACUCUCCUGGAACCCAAGUGAAGAUGGAGAACCUGGCUUGUCCAUUGAUGUACAUUUUAGGUGAAGAUGACCAGAAUUCGCCCAGUACUGAGAGUUCAAACCUGAUCAAAGAUCUCCUAAAAAAAGCUGGCAAAUCUCACCUGUAUACCUGCCUGUCAUAUCCGGGCGCUGGCCACCUGAUUGAAACACCUUACACACCACACGCAAAACUAUCUAUGUGGAAGGUCAAACCAGAAAAAAUUUUUGCUCUAUGGGGGGGUGACAUCGCACGCCACGCUGCUGCACAGGAAGAUUCUUGGAAGAAAAUCCUGACGUUCCUGGACAAACAUCUGAGGGCGUGAACUUGUUUUCCCUCCUAUUUUCUCCAAAUUAAAUGUGAAGUCAUCCUUGCCAGCAAAGCUCAAAGAUUCACCUCAAGGAGGAGAUAGAUUUUCAGUCAUUUACGACAGUGAAAUAAUCUUUAAUGCGAGAAUGUACAAGUUGGAAAAUGCCCCAUUCAAGAAACUGCUGCAUUGGUUCAUGUUGUGACUGUUAUAUAUAUU